AUGGCAUCAGGUCCCUCCUCUACACUUUAUUGGACCUGUGUUGGCACCCUUGAUACCCAAAAGCCUUGCCUAAUUUUUCUCCAUGCCGCUUGGAUGCCUUCAUCGAUGUUUGAUGAGACAACAAAGCAUCUAUCAUCAUAUCUCCCCAACGCAAACUUCCUUUGCAUUGGCGCUAAUGGUCACUGCAAGACAUAUGGUGGGCGCAAGACGUUCACACUCUGGGACCAAGCCGACGACAUUGUAGCACUCAUGGACCAACUCGGAAUUCGCAAGGCAACCUUUGUCGGCAUCUCCAUGGGCUCCCUCAUUGCCACGCGGCUGGCUCUCGCCUAUCCAACCCGGGUCGACGGCCUUUGCCUUCUCUCUAGCACAGCGACUGCCGAAUCGCCAGAAGCUGCCGCGGCAGUUGCUCAAGUCCGUGAUAUAUGGGUAUCCACGGAUGCUCCCUCUGGAAGCAUCAUGGACAUUGCGAUCCAGGGCUGGGGCGGAGAGCCAGACCUUGCUGGUACGCGAGCCGCACAAAUCAAACGCCAUUGGGUUACUCGUCAUUCAGGCGCCGAGAAUAUCGAUGCGAUACUCAGGAGUGUGGUGGGACGUGAUGAUGUCUUGGGCCGGCUCAAGGAGAUUACAGUUCCAGUACUACUUGUGCACGGGGAGCUUGAUGCAACGUGGAGGGUUCAAGAGGCUGAGGCUAUCCGAGACGCGCUUGUUCACGCAAAAGUGAAACUAGAGGUCCUCAAAGACGUUGGGCAUAUGGUCAUCUGGCUGAGAGAAAGUCGGGAUGUCUCGGAUCUUAUUGCAGGCUUUGUGAAAGAGCAUGUGACAAGCGAGACGGCUUAG